UGUAGUAGAUCUAAAUGACCAUACAGAAAAGCAAUGGCCCAAAAUCAAGAACAACCUAGUAAAAGAGUCGUAGGAUUCGAUUGCAUGUUCUUGGAACCUCCACCAGAGCACCUACUCCAAUCAGAGUGUCCAGUUUGCCUACAGAUCAUUCGAGAGCCCCACCAGGUCACAUGCUGUGGUAAUAGCUUCUGUUACUCUUGUAUUCAGCGAGUUAAAGAGGACAACAAGCCUUGCCCGACUUGCAACAAAGAAGGGUUGACCGACUUCCCCGACAAACGACUGAAACGAUCGCUGUAUGCUUUGAAAGUUCGAUGUAGCCACCAAAAAGAUGGGUGUGAGUGGACGGGGGAACUGGGGCAGCUUGAUGAGCACCUCAACACAGAUCCACUGCCAGAGAAACAACUCAAUGGAUGUUCAUUUGUUGAGAUCGAUUGCCUGUAUAAGUGCGGGGACGAAUUGCAGCGAAGACACAUUCAAAACCACCAAACCAAUUGUUGUCCCAAACGUCCAUUCGAUUGUGAGUACUGCCAUGAUUACGAGUCUACCGUUGAUGAUGUCACCAACAACCACUGGCCUGUGUGUGGGUCCUUCCCUGUCCCCUGCCCUAACCAGUGUGGUUCAAAUUUUCAACGUCAGAAUAAAAACAGCCAUGUUGCCGAUGAGUGCCCCCUGACCACCAUUAACUGUGAUUUCCACCACGUAGGCUGUGCUGUGAAACUCCCUCGACAAGACAUGCCAGAACACCUGAGAGAGAACCUACUCACACACAUCUCUCUAUUAGCCUCCAGUCAUGCCAAGCAACAAGACGUCCUCGCAGAGCAGAAAGCUAUGAACAUCAAGCAACAAGCUCAAAUUAACGAGCAACAAGACGACCUCGCAGAGCAGAAAGCUUUAAACAUCAAGCAAUACGAAGAGAUUCGAGCAUUGAGAAUGCAAUUAAACACUGUAACAAUGGUUAGUACUCCAGUCCUCGCUCUGACCAAUUACCGAUAUCACCAGACAAACAAUGUCAGGUGGUACUCCCGCCCCGUCUACACACACCAUCAGGGAUACAAGAUCUGUCUAGGAAUUGAUGCUAUUAGAGGGCCUUACAUGUAUGCACGUAGUAUAGGAUUAAAUACCAUCAAGGUGUAUGUGUUUUUCAUGAGGGGAGAGUUUGAUGAUUCACUAACAUGGCCAUUUCAAGGGGAGAUCUCGAUACAAUUGCUCAACCAGGUCAACAGUGAGCAAAAUGUGAAAUUUGAAAUGAACUACAAUAGAUCGACAAUGAUAAAAAUGUGCAGCAGAGUGACAAAGGAAGAGAGGGCAACUGAUGGACAAGUGCAGGAGGAAAAAUACCUAAUGGAGACCAAGUACUUACAAAAUGACACUCUUCUCUUCCAAAUAUGCAGUGCUAGACUAAAUUAAUGAACUAACUCUACAUAAGUAUUAUACAGAGCUUUAAAUUGCGCAUGCAGUAAGUGGCUCGAGUAAGCUGUGUAUAGUGAACAUGCAGUAAGGUUUAUUCACAACGAAGAAUUUAUAAGAAAAUCUGCCAUGUAUGAUAGAAACGAGAUGUCAUCAGAGUCAUGCAUAAAUUAUUUGAACGCUAG